CCCAAAUUACCCUUGCCCUUUUCUUCUCCAAUUCAAAUUCCCGGGAAAACAAAGGCGAGUAAAAAGCAGAAACAAAAAGAAAAAAAAAAAUCCCAAAAGAACUGUUCUUCUGCAUCGCUUAUCUGUAAAAAACAUUUUCUCGAUCGAUCCUGGUGGACUCAGGAAUUUUACUUCGACUGGAAUCUCCAACCAGAUUUUAGCUGCAGUGGGAUGAAGAAGUCACCAUUGCCGGUGCAAAGUGUAUCUGGUACUGAGAAGAAAGUAUGUGGAAAGGAAGCUCUGGUCAAGCUCUUAAGAUGGCAUUUUGGGCAUGCGGAAUUCAGGGGAAGGCAAUUGGAGGCCAUUGAAUCCAUCUUAUCGGGAAGAGAUUGUUUUUGUCUCAUGCCAACAGGAGGAGGAAAGUCAAUGUGUUAUCAGAUUCCUGCACUGGCAAAACCAGGGAUUGUGCUCGUGGUUUGUCCUUUAAUAGCCUUGAUGGAAAACCAAGUGAUGGCAUUGAAGGAAAAAGGGAUUGCUGCAGAAUUUCUUUCCUCAACUCAGACCACAAAAGUUAGAGAUAAGAUCCAUGAAGACCUUCAAUCUGGAAAACCAUCCUUAAGGCUACUGUAUGUAACACCAGAAUUGAUUGCAACACCAGGGUUUAUGUCAAGGUUGACAAAGAUUCAUGCUAGAGGGUUGCUGAAUCUGAUUGCCAUAGAUGAGGCUCAUUGCAUUUCUUCAUGGGGACAUGACUUCAGGCCUAGCUACCGGAAACUUUCAUCUUUGAGGAACCACCUCCCAGAUGUACCAAUAUUGGCAUUAACAGCCACAGCUGUUCCUAAGGUUCAGAAGGAUGUGAUAGAGUCCUUGUGCUUGCAAAAUCCUUUAGUCCUAAAAUCAUCAUUCAAUCGUCCUAAUAUAUACUAUGAAGUUCGAUACAAAGAUCUGUUGGAUGAUGUCUAUGCUGAUCUAUCUAAGCUACUCAAAUCUUGUGGGAAUGUUUGUGGAAUUGUUUACUGCCUUGAGCGUACUACUUGUGAUGAAUUGUCUGCUCAUCUAUCAAAAAAUGGCAUCUCUUCUGCUGCUUAUCAUGCAGGGCUAAACAAUAAAUUACGGAGUUCCGUCUUAGAUGAUUGGAUUUCUUCUAAGAUACAAGUUGUUGUGGCCACUGUGGCCUUCGGGAUGGGCAUAGACAGAAAGGAUGUCAGAAUCGUUUGCCACUUCAAUAUUCCAAAGUCAAUGGAAGCAUUCUAUCAAGAGUCAGGUAGAGCUGGUCGAGAUCAAUUGCCCUCACGGAGUCUCUUGUACUAUGGGAUAGAUGACCGCAAAAGAAUGGAAUUUAUUCUGAGCAAUGCAGAGAGCAAGAAGUUGCAGUCCUCGAGUUCGCAGGAUGGGAUGUCAAAAAAGUCUCUUGCCGAUUUCAGUCAUAUGGUUGAAUACUGUGAAGGAUCUAGUUGCCGAAGAAAAAAAAUCCUUGAGAAUUUUGGGGAACAGGUAGCUGCAUCAAUAUGUAGAAAAUCAUGUGAUGCCUGUAAACAUCCAAAUCUAGUUGCAAAGUAUUUGGAGGAGUUUGCAUCUGCCUGUGCUCUUCGCCAGAACAAUGGAUUCUCUCGAAUUUUUAUCAGCAGCUCCUCUGAUCUGGUUGAUAAAGAGCAACUCACCGAAUUCUGGAAUCGUGAUGAUGAAGUAAGCGGUUCCGAGGAAGAUAUAUCCGAUUCUGAUGAUGGUAUUGAGGUUGGGAAGAGUAUGGCCAGGCCUAAGUUACCAUCAAAGUCAGGACUAAGUGAGAAGAUUGAGUUAUUGCAACGUGCAGAAGAGAAUUAUUACCAGAAUAAAUUCCCUGACAAGCAGAUCAAUAAACCAGACAAGAAUGCCAUAUCAGAGGCCCUCAGAGAAACAAGCAAGCAAAGAUUAUUAAAUGCCCUAAAGCAAACCCAGCAGCGACUUGGCAACUUAGAGAUUAACUUAGAAACAUCAGCCAUCUUCCUUGAAAAUGAAUGCUACAAGAAAUACGGGAAGACUGGGAAAUCCUUCUAUUAUUCACAAGUGGCAAGCACAGUGAGGUGGCUAUCAACUGCAAAUUCAACAGACUUAACAAACCGGCUUGGCACCAAAACCAGUUCGGCCACAGACAACAUUAUCUCUAAAGCAGAUUCUCCUAUAAUUUCCUCCUUAGACCAAGGACCAACAAAAAUUAGCAAUGGAGAGCACUGCAGUGCUAAACCACAAACUUCUUCGUGUGCUUCUCCAAUGCAGGGUGCUUCUUCCCAAGAUAAAGGUCUACCACCUAUUCCAUCCUUAUCUGACUUUGUGAAGAGCAGAACAGCAAAAGGCCAUCAAGCAAACCCUUUAUCUAAGUUGAGAAAACAGUCUCCAAAAAGAGCUGAGAGGAAUCUGGAGAAGAGGUCAAGGUUGCAGUAAACUCUGGUUCCUUUUGCAUUUUUUUUUUCUUUGUUCAUUUUGGUAGUACACUGACAGAGUUUGCUCAAAACUUUCUAUAUUUAAUUCAUGAUUAUAAACGUCAUGUUGCAGCUGUUCCCAUA